AUGUGCGGCUGGCUUGUAUGGGGGCGUCUGACGAGAUUGCUGCGCGCUCCAAAUGGGCAGCGCUCCCGCCAGUUGACGACGACGGGCUGCCGGCUUGAUCGGGUCUUCGAGGCGCCCCCUCAGCAACGGCAGCUGGAAGUGGGCCGUGGCGGCGCGGCGGCCUUUCGAUUGUUGACCUACAACAUCCUGGCCAACUGCUACGCCUGCCACCACGCGAGCUACUGCCCCAAGGAGCUCUUGGAGUGGGAUUCGAGAAGACUGAGAAUACUUGAAGAGCUCCAGAAAUAUGACGCAGACUUGGUGUGCCUGCAGGAGGUGGAGAGAAAAUUCUAUGAGGAUGACCUAGAAGCGUGGUUUCUGGGUCAGGGUUUCGAAGGCAUCCACUUCACCAAAAAGCCCAAGGUUCCUGCAAGGGUUGAAGAAGGAUGUGCUUUGUUCUAUCGAACGAGCACUUUCUCGAGGAUAUCCUCAAGAAAGUUUUUCUUUUCAGACGAAAUAGGCUUCAGUGGUGGAGGCCAAUUCUUCACUGCAGUGAAGGAGCAAAGAGAUGGUGCAAUCCUUGCCCUCCUCAAGCACAUUGCCACAGGCCAGAACCUGUUGGCAUGCUCUGCUCACCUGUACUGGAAUCCGAAGUGGCCGGAUGUCAAGGUUGCACAAGCCCAUGCGCUGUGUGCUGCUGUGGCCAAGUUUCUUGAAAGGCAGAGUCAGCCCGCUGAGACUCCAGUUGUAUUGUGUGGUGAUUUCAACAGUCUUUGGAGGAAAUAUGAUGCUGAUGAAUAUGACAAGAUCAUUGAUGGGCGCCACCUGACAUCUGGCACCUAUGAGCUCCUUCGAGUUGGGGAACUGGAUUCGUCCCACCCCCACCACCCCUUGCGGAGGAACCAUUCUGGCAGGCCUCGCGGUGGCCACAUCUGGGGCCUCAAAUUUUCUACAUCUGGGAGGACAUUUGAGAGCGCAUAUCACAAGGUGCAUGGAUGUGAACCACUGGUGACCAACAAGACUGACGACUUCGAAGGUUGUCUGGAUUACAUCUACCUUUCAAAGGGCCAUUUCAAUGUUUUAGAGACGCUAUCCAUGCCGUAUGACUCUGCUGGACUUGAGAAUCCAAAGCAUGUGGUGUUGCCACCGAUGCCCAAUGCGAUGUUCCCUUCUGACCAUCUUGCCUUGGGUGCAACCGUGGUGUUCUGCUGA